AUGAGAACUUCACCAAAUAUAAUUAUCACUGGAACCCCCGGAGUGGGGAAGACUGUUCACUGCGAGCAGCUGGCGCAGGAAACAGAAUUGAAGCACUUAUCAAUAAAUCAAGUCGCAAAAGAACGGGGAUGCUACGAUGGGUUCGAUGAAAAGCUCAAAAGCCAUAUUGUUGACGAGGACAAGGUAUUCAAUAUAAACUGGCAGCAAGGUAAGCUUGAAAUAGUCCAGCAUCUUGAGUUGGUAGCGCUAUUAUCCCCGAGCCAAUUCCUGAGAAAAACGUUAACUAACAUGUCUACUCUUGCUCUAUAUAGAUCGUAUUCAGAGGAGAAGCUCCAAGAAAACCUUGAUGCCGAGAUUUUCGGGGUACUACUCGAGGAGGCCAGAGAAGCUUAUGACGAGGAAAUUGUGGUUGAACUCGAAAGCGAGACAGACGAUGCGAUUGAGAGCAACUGCCAGCGUAUAAAAUCGUGGAUAGAUUCCUGGAAGCAAUCGCAUGCCACAGGGUCAGAUUGA